AUGCGUGCGAUUUUCUCUUCUCGCAGAAUUGGCUCGUCCUCGCAGCUAACCAAAUCGCUGAAGAAGCCUACCUUUUCUUCUCACCCGAGCCAGAGCCGCCAUUUCCUAAGCCAUCUUCUUCCUUGUGGCCUCUCUUCUUCCUCUUCUUCGUUAACGCGCUUUGUCCCCUCUCUUCUAUCGCGACCGGAGAAAAUUCAUGGGUUUUUCGCGAGCACGUUGAGAAACACCCACCUGAACCUGAAAUCCGGAAAUCUCUUGGAAUCUAGAGUUGGGUUCUUCGGUUCUCAGCUUCCUAGUAAGGGAUUCGAGGUCGAGCCCUGGGUUUUUACUGGGUUUCAAAAGCGUGGAUGGAAGUCUUGGGUUAAUGGAGCUCAUGGUGUAGUUUUCGGGUUGAUAAUAGCUAAUGCUGCUGUAUUUACAAUGUGGAAGGUUAAAGACAAACGAUGGAUGGCAACAAAUUUUGUGCUAUCAGUGUACAGUUUUACGACUGGUCGUAUACACACGCUGAUAACUUCAGGUUUCAGUCAUAUAGUAACCAGCCAAAUCAUAUUCAACAUGAUGAUGCUCUGCUACUUUGGAACCAGAAUCGCAAGAACCUUGGGACCGCUUUACCUUUUGAAGCUGUACUUUGCUGGAGCUCUUGGUAGCUCUGUUUUCUUCUUAAGUGGUCAUGCUCUGAUGGCUAUACUUAAGAGCGAAGGAGUUGUCAGCAAGGAACCAACGAGACCCAAUGCACUCGCAGGUGCAGAUGGAGCCGUAUUUGCCAUUACACUACUCGAUAUCCUCCUCUACCCAAAAGUUACUACAUACUUUGCUUUGAUGUUCCGAGUUCCCGCAUUGCUUGGAAUUGUAACCUUGGGACACGAGUUGUUAAAGGUGCUAGAGGGAAAGAAGAAGAGUAUCACCUUCGGUUCGAUUCACACGGGAGGAGGAGCUAUAGUUGCAGCCAUUGCGUGGAGGCGGAUCAAGAAAGGUCGAUUCUACUAUUGAUUGAUCUCAUUUUUUUUGGUCCAUUGAUUCUUGGAUUUGCUUAAAAAAAAAAGACUCAAUUGACCUGAUCAUAAUAGAGGUUAUGUUAAAC